CCGGACCGAAUGGAUAGUUCAUUACAGUGCAAUUGACAAGAGUAAUUCCCAGAAGCCGGGGAGGGAGGCUGCAGAAAGGGACUUAGGGUCUUCAGCAACUCAGGCAGGUGCUUCCAACCUGCUUCUUUGGCUGGGCAAGCGAAAUCAUCAGCUGGGAGUUUGUUUUUUUCCCUCUUUGUUUUCCAAAUCUAUUUCUAUGCAUCGUUUUUGAUCUGGACUUUUUUUUAACAAAGCAAAAGAUAUACCACACGUUUUUAACCAUCAGAGAUGCCUUGUCUUCAGGCACAGUAUGGGACCUUGCCACAAAGUGGAGGACCAUAUGAGGAUUACAGUUCUGAUUUCUUGACUCCUGAGUUUGUAAAGCUUGGAAUGGACCUCGGCACCACAGAGAUCGCUGCCACCACCUCUCUUCCCAGCUUCAACACGUUCAUUGACAGCAACAACGGAGACUUUGACGCCUACUUGUACCAACUGAUGCUUACCAACCAGCAGUCUCCAUUUAAAGUGGAAGACGUUCAGAUGUUUGGCUGUUACCCAGCCUCAAUCAACAUGCAUUUGGAAGAGGUGCUACCUCAGUGUGGAUCUUCUCAAUAUUACAAUGGAUCUUGUUCCAUCCCCUCACCUUCAACCCCCACUUUUCAAAUGCAGCAAGUGUCCAUAUGGGAUGAUUCUUUUCCUCAUCAUUCACUACAAUAUGGUGAGGUGGAUCAUUUGUUAGAUCAACAAAAAAAUGUGUCCCAACUUUCAUUCUUUUCCUUUAAGCAGGUACCUUCAGAGUCUCCUGUGCCACAAUGCCACAUGAGGCUCGAUGCGAGUUCCCAUGGAGCUAACCCUGUCCACCAGCUUGUUGAUACCAUGUCUUAUGAUGCCACCAACCAAGCCUCCAUGAAUUUUCCUGCUCUCCCCAUGGACCGUGGACCACGGCUCUUGGAUAGUCCCAUUGUUAUAGACAAUCCCAUCCCCUCUCCACCGGUUCGUAACCCCCCUUCCAAUGAGGGCCAGUGCGCGGUGUGUGGAGAUAACGCUUCCUGCCAACAUUACGGUGUACGGACCUGUGAAGGAUGCAAAGGUUUCUUCAAGCGCACGGUUCAGAAAAAUGCCAAGUACGUCUGCUUGGCAAACAAAGACUGUCCCGUGGAUAAACGGCGACGGAACCGAUGCCAGUUUUGCCGCUUUCAGAAAUGCCUUGCUGUAGGCAUGGUCAAAGAAGUGGUCCGCACAGACAGCCUGAAAGGUCGCAGAGGUCGACUUCCAUCCAAACCAAAGAGUGUUCAAGAAGCCACGCCUUCAAAUGUUCCAGUUAGUCUCAUCACAGCGCUGGUCAGGGCACAUAUUGAUUCCAACCCAAUCAUGUCUAAUCUAGAUUAUUCCAAGUUCCAGGAAUCCAGCGUUUAUCAGCCACAGGAAGACGAGGCUGGAGAUAUCCGACAGUUUUACGAGUUGUUGGCUGGUUCGAUGGAAAUGAUACGCAAGUGGGCGGAGAAGAUUCCGGGAUUCAAUGGUUUGCCUAAGGAAGAUCAGGAUCUACUACUGGAAUCUGCUUUCCUCGAGCUCUUCAUCCUCCGGUUAGCCUAUAGGUCCAGCCCUGACGAAGGCAAGCUGAUCUUCUGCAGUGGCAUCGUCCUCCACCGUCAGCAAUGUGUGCGCGGCUUUGGCGAAUGGAUUGACUCUAUCAUUGACUUCUCCGGCACCCUGCAGCGGAUGAAGAUCGAUGUGUCCAGCUUCGCCUGCCUUGCAGCGUUGGUUGUCAUAACAGACCGGCACGGCUUAAAAGAACCCAAGAAGGUCGAAGACCUGCAGACCAAGAUAAUAACGUGCCUGAAAGACCAUGUCACAUCCAGUGCAGGUGAGCAGAUGCGGCCAAACUACUUAUCCAAGCUUCUGGGCAAGCUGCCAGAACUGUGCACACUCUGUACACAAGGACUGCAACGCAUUUUUUACCUGAAACUCGCUGACCUGGUUCCUCCACCUGCCAUUGUCGAUAAGCUAUUCUUGGACACGUUGCCUUUCUAGAGAAGCUGCCAAGCUGUAUAACUGUUGAACUGGACCCCAGCCAUCAUCUUUGAUGUUGCAGUAUGAGCAGGGAGUUCAACUUACACUGGAACCCGUUCCAAAAUUGGAUGGCUUCAGGAAAUGGACAAAUACGCUAUGCGCUAAUUGGGUUUGCUGUUUUUCAAACAUGCUGUUUUUAUUUUAUUCAGCAUUACAGAUUGUUGGAGAAAAAAAUGUCCCUUUGCUACAUUGCAGUUUCUACAAAGCAAUCUAACCAUACAGCUUCUCUGAGCUUUCACAAACUUGGGAGAUCAGAUAUUCUCAGAGAAGAUAAUAGCACUGGUUAGAGACAUUCUCUCCCUCUGUCCCAUAUGUCAUGGCCCUAAAUCCUAAACUUAAGAAUGAAUGCAAUGUGAUGCCAUUUCUGUGUUGUACACUCUCAAUUAUAGUCAUCUAUCACAGCUAAAGAAUCACAAAUGAGAGUCAAGGAACAUGGUCUUUGGGCCAAAUGGGAAAAGUCAAGACUGAGCUUAUUUCAGCCAUCAUUUAUCUAAGAAAAUGGAUAUGUUCUUUAUCUGUCUGGCUGGAUUUGUAAUAAUAUGUCAGAUGUAGGAAUACCGUGUGCAACCCAGUCAUCUUUGGAAAGAGUAAAGCUAUCUGAGAUGGAUUUUGAAAGGACAACAUUUGUGAACAGUGUGAUAAGUCAAUCUUCAAAAGGUUCUUUCAAGGCCAGACCUGGACAGUCAGGACUGAGAAGCCUGAAGUGUGACAGACUAAACCUUGAACAAUGUCACAAAUGUAUUCUGCAUGAAUAUUUGACACCAAGGUUUAGCAAAAAUAAAAAAAUAAGGCAGUACUGAAGAAGCACACAGCCCUGACUGGAAGCUGUGACACUUCCAGUUAUGAAGACUACACUCAUGCAACAUGACACAAUUUAAUGGUACUAGCUUGGGUGUGUUAAAAAGGUUAUUUGUCUUGUUAAGAUAUGUUUUCCUUCUCUAACAGCAUUGUGGGUGUACCUGCACCCUAUGGACUGCAGUGGUUCAAGAAGGCAGCUCACGACCACCUUC